AUGGACCUUGUUAACAGUGAAAUUACAGCUUCCACCUCCUUACCAAGCUUCAGCACCUUCAUGGACGGUUACACUGGAGAAUUUGACGCCUUUCUAUACCAGAUCCCUUCUUCAAAUCCACAGGCAUCGGUAAAGGUGGAGGAGUUUCAGGUAUUUGGCUGCUACCCAGGUUCAUUCACGAACCAAAUGGAUGAGACAAUGUCCUCUAGUGGAUCGGAUUAUUAUGGCAGUCCGUGCUCCAUCCCAUCUCCAUCAACUCCAGGGUUCCAAAAUCCUCAGAUGCCUACAUGGGAUACUUCCUACGGAGCUUAUUCUCCAUCACAGAGUUAUGACGGCAUGAGACCAUGGACUGAACAGCAGAAAAGCAGUAUUCCACAGCCUUCUUUUUUCUCCUUUGGUACAUCUGCUCACAGCCCAAACAUGGCCCAGAAUUCCUUAAAGAUGGCACAAACCACACACAGACUUGAGCAGCAGGUUGUGGAUGCUGAUGUCUUUGCUUUAGCACAGAACUCUACUGCUGGCUUUCCUGCCGUGUCCCUCGGUCAGGGGCCCGUGAUUUUGGACAGUCCUUUAUCCCCUUCAAAAGCACGUAGUCCCGGCUCUAAUGAGGGACGUUGUGCUGUGUGUGGCGAUAAUGCUUCUUGUCAGCAUUACGGAGUACGAACCUGUGAAGGCUGUAAAGGUUUUUUCAAGGUAAGCACUGAAUAUUUGCCCUUUACUGAUUGGCUAUCUCUGCUUCGACCAGACCUAGCUUGCUUCACCUGUUGGUCUCCCAGGGUGCUACUUGGCCUACAGACUUGGCAGGCCAUCCUGGCAUAUGUUUUUGAUUUCGAGCCAUCCAGUCUUUGCGCUUCAGCUGACACGCGUUCCUUGGGAUGAAGAAAGGGGGCUCGUCCCAAAACUAUCCCAUGGUGUUAAAAGGUAGCAGCUGUCCUCUCCCGUGUAAAGUUUCUUGGCCCAGUGCUGCACCAUUUGAUCAGCUCUGAUGCCUCGUCCGUUGAAAUGAUUGAGCUAGGGGCAAACUGGGUAUAAGAGGAGGAACCCAACACCAAUUAGAUAGUGGUUAGGAUACCAAAAGUUUCCAUUAGGCAGCAGGUGUUGGAACGGUGUGAAAUAAACUGCAACUUUAAUCCAUCAUGCUAGGGUGGUAGACAUUAAUCACAUUAAACAUCAAAAGUGCCCAACACUGCACAGAAUGUCUCUGCAUCUGUGUAAGGUCACAAAUAAUCCACUUUAAAAUAAACAUAUCUAUUUUACUCAUGCUUUUUCAAAGUCUUGGUAAAUACUUCUUCUGUUUUUUGUUUUUAAAUAACCUAUGAUUUCCAUACCAGUAGCACAUUAAGAUUUUUUUGUUUUGUUUUGUUAUUUUGCCUCUUCUAAUAAUAAUUAGAUAAAAUUUAAUAUGGAUCUAUCCAUAUCCAAAUGCCUAGACUGUUUAACACAAGUAAAAAUGCCUGUUACAUGUCUUGAAAAAAACCAAAACAUGGCAUUUGUGUAACCAAUCCUUCUCUCUUUUUUUAUUUUUUUUAUUUCAUCUUAACCCUUUAAGGACCAAACUUCUGGAAUAAAAGGGAAUCAUGACAUGUCACACAUGUCAUGUGUCCUUAAGGGGUUAAUAUACCAUUUCAAGCAAAGCAUCUAAGCUAUUCACUUUUAAUUAACUCGCCCAAAGGGUUACCAUAUUUAAAUUGUUUUUGACUGUACGGCUCAACAGAACAGAUUGUAAUAUAUUAAUUUUUUCGUACAAAGUGGUGUUAAUACUCCUUUUUAGUUAAUGGCAAGAUAUGAAAAACUAUUUAUAUACUAGUAUAUUUUUAUUUUGUCCUUGAGUAUUGACUGUGUAAGUCUAUACUCUUUUGCAUUAUGCGAUAACAAUGCAUUAACCGUUUUCUACCCAAGCACUGAUUUGUAUUUAAUACCCUGUAUUUCUUGCACAUCAUAAUUUAUUGGUGCUGUAAAUUUCAUUUACAUUUUAACAAAGCUUGCUAUGUGAAUUGACAAUGCCUUUUUUUGGUAAUCCAUGUAAGUGGUCCUCGCAUGACUUGUGCUUGGAUCUUUAAAACUGAGCUUUUUUUUUUUUUUUUUUUUUUAAACUGCCCAUGAAUAUUAAAUAUCAUACACAUUUGUAUAAUUGGUUUAUUUUGACUAAAUAUAAUGACCUUUUAUAUAUUUUAAUGUACCCUGAAGAGGUUUUUGUGUAAAAGAUCUGAUUCUUCCAAAUAAAUAAUACCUUGUGCAGCCUUAAAUUAAAUUAAAGUAGCACAUAACUGGUUGGUAAAAAGCUGCUGAGCCAUUCAUUGCUUUUCUUUAACCCAUUUUUACAAAACUGAUGGCAAAUUCUUUGCACUGUUUUUAUGACUGUGUAUACCUUGUUUUAAAUUGUUUGUGUAUUAGGUGUUGGUCUUUUGUUAUUUCCACGCAGAGCUUGUAAUAUUGCAUUUCAUGUUUAGUGCACAGAAUACGUAUAUUUAGUUUUCAGAGGUUAUUAGAACCUGAGCAUCAUUCUCCCACUUCAAAGACUGGGUGUUGGCCAGAAUCCCUUACAUUUGCAGGAAUCAAUCUUGAUAUCUCUAGCAUUGCUGGGUGCAGAUUCCAUUCUCCCCCCCACUUUUUUAUUUUAAAUAUGCCACUUUGUCGACCCACCCCCUCCACAGACCCACCAGUGUUGUGGACAAAUCAGGUGCUUUAGAAGAGAUGGUUUGCUAAUUAAGAUAGGUGAAUCAUUCUCUUUCGUUAGGAGCCAAAUGUCAACUUGAUAUUAGGAACAGUCCGACACCAGAGAAAUGUUACAAAAAUAAAUGGGAACAGAAGAGGCUUUGUCUGAGCCUGGCAUCUUUCUUCCCCUGACAAUUGUUCCAUUUUCUCCCCACAGAGGACUGUACAGAAAAAUGCCAAGUACAUCUGCUUGGCUAACAAGGACUGUCCGGUGGACAAAAGGCGCAGGAAUCGAUGCCAGUUCUGCCGUUUUCAGAAAUGCUUAGCAGUGGGAAUGGUAAAAGAAGGUAUGUAAAGAAAAUAAUGUGGGGAGUCUGUGCUUUAUUAGGUAUAAGGCAAUUUGUUAGUUACAAAUAUUAGAUGACCACAUUCUUAAAGAGACCGCUUUAUGCACCAACAUCAGUGAUUUUCGGGCAUAGAUACUGCCUGAUGGAUGCCCAAAUGAAGAGUGGCAUUCCUCAAAAAGUUGUCAGUUUUUUUGACAAGAAUUUGAUUCAAUGCAUCUCAUAAAUAUGCAUUGCAAUUGGUUUACUGUGACUUUUAUGCAUGUUCUAUGUACCUUCAAUGAUUCUGUACUAUAUCUCAUUGGAGGAGAAUGGGCCUGAAGUAAGCCUGUCUUGAUGCAGAGUUAAUUUUUGUGUGUGGGUUGUGUUUUCUUCUUCUUUUUUUUUUUUUUUUUUAAGAAUUGAUGGCAGGAGGGUAUACUUUAAAUAUAAGGACGAUAUCCCAUCCAAUUGCAGGAGGAGGGUAUCUGUCUCAGUCUCUGUCUUUGCUAUUUGAUCUGUGCCUUUUACUUCCAUACAUUGUACUUAUGGGACAUGUGAUCUUUUCUAGUUGUUCGGACAGACAGCUUAAAGGGCAGAAGGGGCCGACUGCCAUCUAAACCAAGGCAAAUUCCAGACCCUUCUCCCAUCAGUCUGAUAAAUUCCCUGGUACGGGCACACAUCGAUUCAAUUCCCAGUUCUGCAAAGCUAGACUAUUCCAAGGUAAGUUGGCAUGUGCAGUUUCCUGCUCUGCUUAUUUGGUCUAUAGUCUUUAUGUAUAAUGAGGCAAUACUUUUUUUUUUUUUUUUUUUAAAUAAAGUAGAGCAGUCACGGAAUGUUCUGCUGUUGCUCCACUUUAGAAUUUAGCCCCAAAGUUCUACAUAAAUCCCAUAUAAUUACUUUUAUCUAGAAUGCUCGGGUUGUAAAUUUAAAGGACCACUAUAGUGCCCUGAGGGUGCUCCCACCCUCAGGGUCCCCUUCCCGCCCGGCUCUGGAAAGGGGUUAAAACUUACCUUUUUCCAGCGGAGAGCUAUCCUCCUCUUCUCCUCCCCGUCGGCUGAAUGCGUACGCGCAGCAAGAGCUGCGCGCGCAUUCAGCCGGUCACAUAGGAAAGCAUUCAUAAUGCUUUCCUAUGGACGCUGGCGUGCUCUCACUGUGAAAAUCACAGUGAGAAGCACGCAAGCGCCUCUAGCGGCUGUCGAGACAGCCGCUAGAGGAAAUAGGGGAAGGCUUAACCCAUUCAUAAACAUAGCAGUUUCUUUGAAACUGCUAUGUUUAUGAAAAAAAUGGGUUAACCCUAGCUGGACCUGGCACCCAGACUACUUCAUUAAGCUGAAGUGGUCCUUUAAGGUUACCUCUGUUUACUUUUUACAAAUGUUUCAUAUUUUUAUAAAGCAAGUGAAAGCAGAACUGUUACUUGUGCAGAUUUUAUUUAUUUUUUUGCAAAAAUACCCCUAGUGACAACUGCAAUCUCAGAGCGGCAAACCUCCUGCAACUUCUGGCCAAAGUCCCCAUUGCUGCAUACAACAGUCCAUUGUAUGUCCUGCAUGCCUCAUUAACCAGACGUUGUAUUGCCAUUACUUUAUCCAACAUGUGUCACUAAACAUAUUAUCAUUAUUCUUCUUAUCUUGCAUUGUGGCAACAAACUUUGCAGCUUUGGUCACAUUGAGCAAUGUGAUUAAUACUAGUCGAAAAGACAAAACAGACAUAGUAAGUUUUGAAUGUCUUGCCUUCAAGCUUCCGUAACUUUUAGUUGUACUCUACUCUAGUACAUGCAUUUUAUUAAAAUAAAAAAAACACCAAAAUGAACGGGACAUUAUAAAAUAGAGUUGAACCAAAUUGUGCCAUUUUGGCAACAUCUGUAUCUGGCCCAUAAAGAUCUUGCCUGUUUAUUUAGAAUUUUGGAAUAUGAUUCUUAAAGAACAGUGUUUUUUUUUUUUUUUGGUUUUUGGUUUUUUUUUGCUUCCUUUUGUCAUGCUAUUUUUUUUAACAUGUUCUCCAUUCCUUAAUGUGUGAAAACUGUACAUGCUAUGAUAUAGCUUAAAGUGAAGAAGGCAUUAUGUAAAACGUUAAGCUGCUAAUUAUGGGGUAACCCUAUGAAAUGUUUAGAGAUGGCUCCAAAAAGAAAAAGCUUUACACCAUGCCUCUUUUGGUUUUUUUUAGUUUCAGGAAAAUUUGCCUGUCCAGUUGGAGAAGGAGAACGCUCUCGAUGUGCAACAGUUUUAUGAUCUACUCUCAGGUUCCUUGGAAGUGAUACGCAAGUGGGCAGAGAAAAUCCAAGGCUUUCUGGAUCUCCCCAAAGAAGAUCAGGACCUUCUUCUAGAGUCUGCGUUUUUGGAACUGUUCAUCCUGCGCCUGGCAUACAGGUAAACCAGCUGUCAGUGGGUCUGUAGUUUGUGUUCCUAAUCCCGUUCUGAACACUGAGCAGGACGUGCCGUAAUAAACAAGUGAGAAGGCAGAGAUACCUGCCUACUGGAGAAAUCUGAUUCUUUGGCUGAUAGACGAGCCAAAAGGGGAGGGAGGACCAUAUCGGGCACAAUUUAAUGUUGGGCUCAUCUAUUCUAUUUACGAUUACUACAAAAUGGGCAAGAUUAUAUUUUUUUGACAGAUAAUUGACAAAUCAACCGUUUCAAAACCUGGUGGCUGUCAUGUUAUUAUUGCGUACACUUUUAAACAGAUUGUUUACAUUUUAUUAGAGUUCUAGAGUCUAGAAAAACCAAGCACCUUCCUACUUCAUUGCUCUUAAUAGAAACAUUAGUUUACAAGAGUCUUAUCCUGUGGAUCACUGUGUUGCCACUCCUACACUAUCCUCUAGUUAAUGGAAAAUAACUUCUAACUUGCAAUUCACUAGAGCUAUGUGCAUUUCCCAUUUGUAUUUUAUUUAUUAUUAUUGUAUUUUUUUGGUCAUUCAGUGAAUGAGAUGCUGCUUUUGUGGCAACCAUUCAUUGACAUCCUUUAAGAAUCACAUCGUUUUAUGAAGCUGGUGCAGCUGAUCAGGCUUACCAUUAGGUGCUUCAUUUUCUCUCUUGUAGAUCCGGAAUAGAGCUAGAAUAGAAUUUAAAAACAUUUCAGGUUUUGUGGUUUGAGGUUUUUUUUUUUGUUUGUUUUGUUUAAGGGGACUGUCCGUUCCUAGAAUUAACUUUUUUUUUUUUUUUUUUUUUUUUUUUUCUUCCAAGCUGUUUACUUAACCUCUAUAUUUAGUAAGUUUGUUUUUGUGUGAAAUGGUUUUAUUGGUAUAACUUUAGAGAAGUGCCAGUUCCACUUUAUUCCAGGUUAGCUUUACUACAAAUGUAUGAACUGGCUGUUCAGGUCUCUAGAAUGUCCUGUUGAGAAAUACAGAUGCAUUUUAGUUGAUGGUAUGACUUAUUUGUGACCGUAAAAUGAACACACUAGCAAUCAUUCUAUGUGAUUCAAUUAUUUCAUCCCUGGGACUAACUUUUUUACAUGGGCACUUUAGAAGUUUUCUCCUAGCUAUCAUGUUAGACAUUGAACACAAUGAAUAUUGUUUGUGUGUUUUUUGUUUUUGACUGUGGUGUUUUGUUUUUUUUCUCCUAACCAGAUCAAAACCUGAUGAAGGAAAGCUCAUCUUCUGUAAUGGAGUGGUACUUCAUCGCAUGCAGUGUGUCCGGGGAUUCGGAGAGUGGAUUGAUUCAAUCAUUGAAUUUUCACACAGUCUGCAACGGAUGAAUAUCGAUGUCCCAUCUUUCUCCUGCCUUUCUGCCCUUGUCAUCAUUACAGGUAAACAUAGGUCUCCUGCAGUACACAUACAAAUGUACAAAAUCUGUGCAUCAGCUAAGGACAGGGUUACCUGCACUUUUGUAGAGAUCCUGAUAUUUUCAAUUUACAAACUGUCUAUUCUAAACCUUUUAGUUUGCCUGUAAAGGUUGCCUUUUGCAGGGCUGAAGUGAUAUUUAUUUUAGUUUAGUCAGGCAGCUUUUUUUUUUGUUUUUUUUUGUUUCGAUUGAAGGUGAAAUUUGGUUGCUUAUUCUUUAAUUAUGUUUAUCAAUUAGUGAGCCAGGGGUGAGUUGGUUUGAAUAUUUGCUAUUUUAAUAUAUUGUACAUCAAUCAAUUCUUCGCUCAUUGAAUGUAAUUACCAAACAAAGUAUAUUUUCUGAGUAUAAGUAAAAUAUUGAUGUACACCCAUCAAUGAGAUUUCAUUUCACUUUAUUUUGAUACUGGUUCAAAUAAAUAUAAACCUUCAGAAGCAUUUGCUCUUGUGAGACUGAUAACUUCCGUCAAUAACUGCCCAAGGAGCCCGCCUUUCACUUUUAGCAUGUGCCAUUUUGAUAUUUUUGGGAAAUAAACAGGAGCUUAAUUUACCCACACACAGCACAAGAGUGCUAGCUACUUAUUUUACGUACUGACCUACAAUAAUUAAACUAAUGUUUUAAAUAAAUCUGAACAUCUGUUCAUGUAGUAUUAUAGGGGCUAAUGUUCACCAGCUCUCUUUUUUGUUUUGUUGGCUUUGAAUAUUGGUCAAAAAAGUGAAUAUGUAAUUUUUUAAUUUUUUUUUUCAUCCUCCCAUUAGAUCGACAUGGAUUGAAAGAGUCCAAAAAAGUGGAAGAUCUUCAGAAUCGGAUUAUUAAUUGCCUUAAGGAGCAUGUGACGUCCAGUGUGAGUGACCUGAGCAGACCCAAUUGUCUGUCCAAACUUCUAGGGAAACUUCCAGAGCUCCGAACCCUUUGCACACAAGGCCUUCAGCGCAUUUUUUACCUGAAGCUAGAGGACCUUGUGCCACCCCCUCCCAUUGUGGAUAAGAUUUUCAUGGACACUUUGCCAUUCUAA